AAUUUAAAGUGGAUGCUUAAGCUUAAAAAAGGGAAAGCAGGAAGAUAAGCUGAUGGUGCGGUUGCUUUUGGCAGCCAGGGAAGAACCCAGUAGAGAAGAUUCUUCCUCUGGUUUAAAAUUACAGAGCUAAUGAUUCGUUUUCUAAUUUGUUCCUACUGACCUCCGUUAGUUUCUUCUUCCAACUCCGCCCAACUCUUUCCUUAUCAGUCUCUUCCGGAUCUGCCACUGCCCGGGAUCCGAAUUGGAUUUUCUUGGUUGGUGGAUUUCUUUUUCUAGAGCAGGGAAAGAUGUUGUGUAGAAUGGUUUUGGUGCAGCGGAAGAAGAAAGUCGGUUCCGUUCCGGUUUACUUGAAUGUGUAUGACUUGACUCCGAUUAAUGGCUAUGCUUAUUGGUUGGGGCUCGGGAUCUAUCAUUCUGGUGUGCAGGUUCAUGGAGUCGAGUAUGGAUUUGGGGCACACGAGCAUGUGACAACAGGGAUUUUCGAGGUGGAACCAAAGCAGUGCCCCGGUUUCACAUAUAGGAAAUCAAUUUUGAUUGGAAGGACAGACUUAGGUCCCAAGGAAGUGCGUGCUUUCAUGGAGAAAUUGGCUGAAGAGUAUUCUGGUAAUACUUACCAUCUUAUCACCAAGAACUGCAAUCACUUCUGCAAUGAUGUGUGUCUCAGAUUGACUGGGAAGCCAAUUCCUCGCUGGGUCAACCGGCUCGCUCGAUUGGGUCUCUUCUGCAACUGCGUCCUGCCAGCAGGCUUGAAUGAAACAAAGGUUCGACAAGUUAAGUCAGGAAACAGGAUUCAGGAGGGAGAAAAGAGGAAAUUGAGAAGCCAUUCAAGUAGGUUUGUAUCUUCCUCUCAUUCUGCACCCUCUUCCUUGUUAUCUUGUCCUUCGGCAACUGCAGCCAGAAGUUGUCAACAAAGACCAAUUCCUCCAACUUCUCCUUAGUGUCCGAUUCGGCACCAUCCACAUAGAGCUUGAAGCUUUGAAAUCAGCUUGACCUUUUUUCUUUUUUUCGCCUUUUUGAAACUCUUUAGGGAUAAGUAAAAGGAACAACAGUAAAUCAGGAAAACAAAAAAAGAAAGAAUAUAUGGGUUGUGCUAAUCUUUUUGAGUGAAUUAAGGAAACAGCUGCUUGGAAAUUGUUGUAGCAGCGUUUUCUGUUUACUAUAAAACGCUUUCUGUUUUAUAAGUUGAAUGGGAAGAUCAAUGUCUUUAGAAAAUUUGGCAACUUA